CGAAAAAAAUAUGAAGGAAAAAACGAGGGGGGGCAUAACCCAAAGUAUUACUAAUAUAUAUUUUUUAAAGACUUUUAGACUUAGAAAAAAAUAUUUUUUGCUUAAAAAUGAGUUAUUAUGGAAAUGAUAUUUAUCGAUGGUCAUCGAGGAAAGCAGAAGAUGAGGAAAAGGAAAAGAAGUAUAAUGAAUUGAUGCAACGACAAAAGGAAGGAAAAGCUUCAGACACUGCUGUUGAGAACGAUUAUUUUGAAGGGGACGAUUCUGAUGAAGAUAAUAAUAAUGUUGAUGAUGAACAUGAAAAAUCUGAUGAUACAAAAAUACAAAAGAAUAAGAAAAAUGGAGUUGAAAAAGAAAAGGAAGAUGAGGAAGAUGAUGAUGAAUUAGAUGCAUUUAUGGCAGAAAUAAAUAAACAAGCACAAACAGAAAUACAUGAAAGUCGACAAAAGGAAGAACACGUAAUAAAUACAGGUGACUUUACAGGAGGACAAGAAGGAAGAGAUGAUAUUGAACAAGAAGAUAUGCAAGAAAGCAUGAUUAAAUUUAUGGAAGAAUAUAAAGAAAGACAUGCAAGUGAUGAUGAAGAUGAAAAUGUUGUUGAAUAUGAUGAGGAAGGAAAUGUUAUAUGGACAUGGAAAAAGGAAAUUGAUCCUCUGCCCCCUAUUGACCAUUCGGAAAUUGAAUAUAAACCUUUUGAAAAGAAUUUUUAUUCUGAACAUCCAGACAUUGCAGAUUUGACAUUACAACAAGCAUUUGAAUUGAGGAUUACAUUGGAUAUUCGUGUUUAUGGACAAAAUAUCCCAAAACCAGUUGUUAGCUUUGGACAUUUCCAAUUUGAUAAACCUAUAAUGAAUUUAAUUGUUAAAAAUGAAUUUGAAAAGCCUACGCCUAUACAAGCACAGGCAGUUCCAGCAGCUUUAUCAGGCAGAGAUGUUUUGGGAUUAGCAAAAACUGGAAGUGGAAAAACUUUGGCUUAUAUAUGGCCUACAAUUGUGCAUAUAAUGAAUCAGGAAGAAUUAGCACCGGGAGAUGGACCGAUUGCUUUAAUUGUUGUUCCGACAAGAGAAUUGGCUAUUCAGGUCUACAACGAAGCAAAGCGUUAUACUUCCCUUUACAACAUUGCUCUAGUUUGUGCUUAUGGUGGUGGAUCCAAAUAUGAACAGAAGAAAGCUUUGGAAAAUGGAGCUGAAUUGGUUAUUGGAACACCUGGAAGAAUAAUUGAUCUGGUUAAAAUUGAAGCAACAAACUUUUUAAGAACAACAUUUCUUGUGCUUGACGAGGUUGAUAGAAUGUUCGAUUUGGGAUUUGAAGCCCAAGUAAAAUCAAUAUCAGAUCAUAUCCGUCCAGAUAAACAAUGUUUAGUAUUCAGUGCAACAUGCAAACCAAAAAUUGAAAAAUUAAUAAUGCACGUCUUAUAUAAUCCAAUAAAAAUUUUGUGUGGAGAUAUUGGUGAAAAUACUUGUGUUCAACAACAAAUAAUAGUUUUGUAUAAUCAAGAAAUGAAAUAUGAAUGGCUUUUUAGAAAUAUUGUUAAUUUUAUUACAAUACUCAUUUUUGUGACAAAGAAAGCAGAUGCUGAAGAUGUUUCAAAGAAAUUGGCUUUGAGAGAUUUGGAAACAGUUUUACUCCAUGGGGAUAUGCAUCAGCAGGAAAGAAACGAAAGAAUAACCUCAUUCCGAACAAAUAAAUCUGUUUUGGUAGCAACAGAUGUAGCAGCAAGAGGAUUGGAUAUCCCAGAAAUUCGAAAUGUAAUUAAUUUUGAUGUUGCUAGAGAUAUUGAUACACAUAUUCAUCGAAUUGGAAGGACUGGAAGAGCUGGUAAGAUAAAAGAAUGGGAAGGGGAGGGAGGAAAAUGGGGUUGA